AUGACUUUGUCAAAAAAGGACGAGGAUUCGGGUGAUUUGGGUGUAUUUUAUCAUCUCGAUAAGACCACUGUUCUUCAGGAAGCUCGCGUUUUUAAUGAUACACCUAUAGUUCCAAGAAAAUGCCGCCUCCUUCUUACUAAAAUCAUUUAUCUAUUAUAUCUUGGCGAGCCAAUGGCAACCACAGAAGCAACCGAGUUGUUCUUUAGCGUAACCAAGCUUUUUCAAUCUAAAGAUAUUGCUUUGCGGCAGAUGGUAUACUUAGUAAUUAAAGAACUUUCAACCAUUGCUGAAGAUGUCAUCAUGGUUACUAGCAGCUUGAUGAAAGAUAUGCAACCAAAGUCCGAAGUAAUUUAUCGGGCAAACGCAAUAAGAGCCUUAUGUAAAAUUACCGAUGCAUCAAUGCUUCCAAGCGUUGAGCGCUUUCUAAAAGCUGCUAUUGUAGAUAAAACUCCGUCAAUCUCUUCUGCUGCUUUGGUAUCUAGCUAUCAUCUUUUUCCUGCUGGAAAGGACGUAAUCAAGAGAUGGGCCAACGAAGUUAAUGAAGCCAUUAAUUCAAAGCCAUCGUCGCUAGUCGGUACAGCUUCCUCAUACUUAACGUCUUUUUCAUCGGGUGGAUCUUCAUAUGGUUCCUCCCCAUCUGCAAGUAACAUUAGUCAAUAUCAUGCAUUGGGGCUCUUAUAUUUGAUUCGCCAACAUGACCGCAUGGCUGUGACAAAGUUGAUUCAACAACUGUCUGGAGGCAGUAGAAGUUCUUUUAGUACCACUAGUAGUGUUUUACGCAACUCUUUUGCGUACUGUCUGUUGAUCCGAUAUGCAGCAAAGAUUUUAGACGAGGAUCCCAAUUCAAGACAACAAAUGUACGAUCUUCUGGAGGGUUGGUUGAGGCACAAAAAUGAUGUCGUCAAUUUUGAAGCGGCAAAAGCAAUAUGUAAUAUUAAGGACGUGACGGCUAAAGAACUGUAUCCGGCUGUCAAUGCUAUUCGCACACUCAAUAAAUUGGCCAUGAACCAUCCAACUGCAGUUCAACCCUGCAAUUUAGAUAUGGAAAAUCUAAUCACCGAUCAAAAUAGGAGUGUAGCCACCUUUGCUAUAACUACACUAUUAAAAACGGGAAAUGAGGCUAGCGUCGACCGUUUAAUGAAGCAAAUUACAGGAUUCAUGUCAGAGAUUUCCGAUGAAUUCAAAGUUAUCGUUGUAGACGCGAUAAGAUCGUUGUGCCUCAAGUUUCCUACUAAACAAGUUGUGAUGCUCAGCUUUUUAAGUGGCGUAUUAAGAGAUGAAGGUGGAUAUGAAUUCAAAAGAGCAGUGGUCAAUGCAAUCUUUGAUUUAGUCAAAUUCAUUCCUGAGUCAAAAGAAGCUGCUUUGGCGCAUUUAUGUGAAUUUAUUGAAGAUUGUGAAUUCACCAAACUUUCCGUACGUGUUUUGCAUCUUCUUGGGAUUGAGGGCCCGAAGACCGCUACACCUACAAAAUAUAUCCGAUACAUUUACAAUCGCGUUAUAUUGGAAAAUUCUAUUGUGAGGGCAGCAGCUGUUAGUGCGCUUGCAAAAUUUGGAGUUAGUGUGGAUGAUCCUGAAGUAAAAAAAAGCAUUAAAGUCUUACUCACAAGAUGCUUGGAUGACAAUGAUGACGAAGUUCGUGAUAGGGCCACUUUGUAUCUCAAGCUCUUGGACGAUGAAGAAAAUGCUGAAAAAUAUGUCAAAGAUGGUCAGUAUUUGGUGAAGACCUUCAUAGAACUAGUAUUAACUUCAUUCUUACUAUUGCCAGAUUCUACCUAUUCUCUUGCUGUCCUUGAAAAACAACUUGUUCAAUAUGUGAGCGACCCAGAAGCUUCUGAUAAACCUUUUGAUUUAUCUGCUGUUCCAAAGAUCACUAAAGCACAAGCAGAAGCAGAGGAUUUGCGAUCCCGAAGUUAUGAAAUUGUGGCUACUCAGACCAUUGGUAUUCCAUCGCCGGCUGUAAUCAGCGUCAACGCUUCCAUCGUCGCCACCACAAGUACGGCUGUGACUCCUACCCCUGGAAUAGAUCAACAAAAAAUAUACGCACAACAAUUGGAGAAAUUUCCCGAGAUUGCUGCGUUUGGCACGUUGUUUAAAAGUAGUACAAAACCAGUUGAUCUCACGGAGAGCGAAACCGAAUAUGUCGUUAGUUGUAUUAAACAUAUGUUCAAUGAGCAUAUAGUGUUUCAGUUCAACAUUAACAAUACGUUGAAUGAUCAAUUAUUGGAGAAUGUGUCGGUGGUAAUGCAACCAGAAUCAGAUGAAAAUGAUUUAAUUGAAGAGUUUGUAAUUCCAGCACAAAAACUACCAUAUGAUCAACCUGGAUCCGUAUACGUCGCUUUCAGAAAAACAAAUCCAGAAGAAUAUGCAUUCUGUAAUUUCUCAAAUACCAUGAAGUUUGUAGUGAAAGAUUGUGACCCAUCAACUGGUGAAGCUGGUGAAGAAGGAUAUGAAGAUGAAUAUUCAGUCGAAGAUAUUGAUAUAGUUACUAGUGAUUAUGUCCUUCCCACAUACCUGAGUGAUUUCCAAAGUACCUGGGAUCAAUUUGGUGAAGAAGGACAGGUCGUAGAAACAUUUGCUUUAACUGCUGCAAAAAGUUUAAAAG